AUGCGCCAUCAUCCUGGAAACCCCCCGGCACUAUACCUCCCUCCCCCCCCCGCUGUUCAUUCCACCGCCCUAUCCAUCGCAGCAACCAAACUGUAUCGCCUGCAGCAGCCACCGGUACCAGCGAUCGCCGACUCUCCCACUAGUAUGUUGGUCGGCCGAGAAGGAAGAGAGGGAGGUGACAGCCAGGCAGUACGGGGCCUGCGGUGUGAGAAAAGCUCCGUGGGGCGGUUGAGACAGCUGGAGAGCACUGAGCUCUGUGGCUUGCUGCUGCUGGGCGAUGGUCCUGGACCUUCUAAUGCUGCGAUGAGGGAGCAAAGAAGGGUGCAUGAGAAUAAGCAUGGAAGGGGAGGUCUGGAGGGGAGCAGCACAAGGGCGACUGUAGAAGAUGUGAACAACGGUGAAGCGGAACGGAAGCAGACGAAGGAGGAGGAAGCGCAGGUGACAAGCAAGCAGCUUGAGAUGUUGCAGCAGGCGAACGAUGAGGUGAGUGCGGUGGUGGUGGAGUGGAUGGGCAUGGGGGAAGUGGAUGGGAAAACGGAUGGGCAAAAGGAUGGGCAAAAAGAAUGGGUAAAAAGGGCCAUAGCGGACUACUCUCGCGUCAUUGACCUGGACCCCUCCAAUGCUGAAGCACUCAGGUGGCGAGGCAUCUUGUCCUUUAACCUGAAGGACUACCAUGCAGCAGAGAAGGACUUUCAGGAAGCCAUUCACCUUGACCCCUCUCAGUCUUUCGUCUUUCGAGGCCUUGCCCUAGCCAUAGGGGACAGUGGGAGGUGGCGGGAGUCCCUGGCAGUGUUUGCAGAGGGUGUGAGGCGGCACCCUCAGGAUGCGGACCUGUGGCAUUCCAAGGGGCGCGCGCACAAGGAGGUGGGCGAGGUGGAUCAAGCCAUAGAGGCGCUGCAGCGAGCGCUGCAGAUCAGAAAGGCAGUGGCGACCUAUCAGGAGCUCGUCGCUGUCAGCCGAUUGGUGGGCGACUACAGGGCCGCCAUACGCUAUGCAAGAGAGGGGUUGCAGCUGGACAGGGGAGACAUGGAGCUCGCUCAUGCCCACGCCAGCAGCCUGCAUGCUCUGGGGGACCUUGCUGAAGCUAUGCGCAAGUACCAGGCAGCGUUGGCACUGCAACCCAGGGAUCAGGACGGACAGAGGGAGGUACUGUCCUACACCGUUGCUCGCUUGCAGCAGCCGCUCUCCUCUAUCCAAUUCGACUGGGACUUCACUCUGACAUACUUCCAUCCCCCCUUGCUACAUUCCCGACUCAUAUCCCCCUCCCCCACCGUGGCACAGGAGGCAUGGACCAAUAGUGACCCUAUAGCAACACUGCCAGGAUACCAGCCGCUCUCGCUGCGCAUGGCAGGGCUGGCAGCUCUUGACGUGAUGCAGCAGGUGAGACUCUUCCGCUUCCUUUCCACCCACGUCCUUCUCUCAUCUGCCCCCAUUCACUUUGAUGGUGUUCAGGCCACUCGUAAAUCCCCAGGGCUGGCAGCUCUUGACGAGAUGCAGCUGGCAAGGGCAAGUUGGGAUGCUAUGGCACAGGAGCUGCAGGGGAGGGAGUCAGCAGCUGGUAACACAUUUACAGACACGACAACAACCAAGGAAAAAGAUGCACUAGCAGGAGGAGGCGGAAGGGUAGAGAGCACGGCGAAGCAGAGGCAGAAGGCAAGUGAAAACUCAGGCAAAGACAGUGGGAAGAGCCGCAGCAGAAGCAAGGUGUCAGGCGGUGGGGUGCUCAAAGGCUGGAGGGAUGUUUACGAGAUGAUCACCAGAUGGAGACAGAUCGCCGAUCCAACGGCUGCUAUUCUCUGGAACGACCAACUGAAGUCGUUUGAGGCCAUGCGUGAAGCUCUGCUGGAGUCAGAGCGGGCCUUUUCAAACGACCAGCCCUUCGCUGUGCCGCAUAACUCACGUCACAUGGUGAGUGGGGUGUGCCUGUUCCUUGCAACAUGCAUGGCCACAUGGGGUGAGUGGGCUGCAUCGGCCAUGGCAGCAACCGUGAUCACCAGGGCAGCUGACCUGCAGGUGCUUCACCAACCUGUGGGAAAGGACUUUCUCGUCCAAGCACCCUGCUACAGCCAUGUCUUCCCAGGGUGCGCCUUCCCUGCUACAGCCAUGCCGUUCCAGGGUGCGCCUUCCCUGCUACAGCCAUGUCUUCCCAGCAUACGCCUUUCCUGA